GUGAGAUGUGAAGCAUAUAGAGCCCUUAGCCUGGAGCCUCAAAUGUCAUGAACGUGAGGAUGUGGUAAGUGUUACCACAGUGUGUGGUUUGUGUUUCUUGUGCUCACCUGCUGGUCCCCCUGCAGAUGACUCUGAAGGAGUUUGCCGUGACAAGUGAGGGCCAAGACGAUGAAGAGUUCCUCCAGCAGUACCGGAAGCAGAGAAUGGAAGAGAUGUGGCAGCAGCUUCACAGGGGGCCCCAAUUCAAGCAGGUUUUUGAGAUUCCCAGUGGAGAAGGGUUUCUAGACAUGAUUGAUAAAGAACAGAAAAGCACCCUCAUCAUGGUCCAUAUUUAUGAGGAUGGCAUUCCGGGGACUGAAGCCAUGAACGGUUGCAUGAUCUGCCUUGCUGCGGAGUACCCAGCCAUCAAAUUCUGCCGGGUGAAGAGCUCAGUAAUUGGGGCCAGCACUCGGUUCACCAGGAAUGCCCUUCCCACCCUGCUCAUCUACAAGGGGGGCGAACUGAUUGGCAACUUUGUUCGUGUCACUGACCAACUGGGGGAAGAUUUCUUUGCUGUGGACCUUGAAGCUUUUCUGCAGGAAUUUGGGCUGCUCCCAGAAAAGGAAGUCUUGGUGCUGGCGUCUGUGCGUAACUCCGCCACCUGUCACAGUGAGGACAGCGAUUUGGAAAUAGAUUGAACAGAUAGUGUGGUUGCAUAGAUUUCUCAUUGUUUGGGAGACACAUGGCUAUGUGUUUAUUUUUGUUGCUUCCUGCGUCUUGCUUUUCAGCUGUUCAUUGUAGUCCUUUUUAUUAAAUGUAAAGCCAAGAAAUUCUUAGAUUAAAUCAGAAUGCUGAAUCACCUUAUGACUAGCAAUGAAAUUACUUAAAAUUGUAUAAACAGGAGGCUAGGCUUUAGGACUAUUUACUUAAGAUUCUUUAGCAUGACAUUUCUGUUAUUGUUUCCAGGCAAUAUUUACAUAGCAUCCUUAAAACAGUGUCCUGGAAAUUGUCUUCAGAGGAUCUCAGGGAGGUCUCUGCCAGGUCUGGGAGUAUAAUUCUACAGUUAGUCUGUUAUUAGCAGCAUAAAUAGUACAUUUCCUUCAUCAAAUGAUUACCAAUUAUAUUUACUUAUAAUCAGAUCCAUAGUCUUGGAGGGCAGUUAAUUUUUUUUCCCCUGACCCUGUUCUCCAGAGUCUUGUUGAAAGGUUCCAGACCAUAUGUAUUUGCCCCAUCAAGAGGGUGACAUCUGUUGCUGGAGUCAGUGUCCUGCUCAAACACUAUUAAAUCUAGAGUAGGAG